AUGGCUCCAAAGAAGAUUAAGAAAGCUGGUAGCAGUGCAGUAAUAAGGCAGCGGCCAACAAUUGAAUUGAAAAAAGAAAUUAUUGCCAAGUAUGAACGAGGCAUGCGUGUGUCGGAUAUCGCAAGAGAAUACGGCAUGUCAAAGUCGACAAUCUCGACGAUUUUAAAGAAAAAGGAGCAGGUUAAAGAAGCUAAUGUGUCAAAAGGAAUGACUAUUAUAACAAAGCAAAGGCCUCAAAUAAUAGACGAAGUAGAAAAGUUGUUGCUUGUAUAUAUAAAUGAAAAACAGUUAGAAGGUGCUAGCAUCAGUGAGGCAUUCAUUAGUGAGAAGGCGCUGCAAAUCUACGAAGAUUUGAAGAAGAAAACCCCACAGACAAGUGCUUUGAGUGAUUUUGUUUUCAAAGCCAGUCGAGGCUGGUUUGAAAAAUUUAAGCACAGAACAGGCAUCCACAGCGUCAUAAGGCAUGGGGAAGCAGCUAGUUCCGACAAGGCAGGGGCCGAGAAGUUCAUCCUAGAAUUCAAAAAAAUCAUAGAAGAAGAAAGUUACGUCCUGCAACAGGUAUUUAAUGCGGAUGAAACAGGCCUGUUUUGGAAGAAGAUGCCGAAUAAAACGUACAUAACGAAGGAAGAGAAAGCAUUGCCAGGGCACAAGCCUAUGAAAGAUAGGCUAACUCUUCUAUUGUGCGUUUUUGCCCCGGCUGUGAAAGAAUACCUAGAGAAGAACAACCUUCCCCUCAAAUGCCUUCUCCUGCUGGAUAAUGCUCCAGCACAUCCUCCAAACAUCGACGAGUACUUAGAAGAAGAGUUCGACUUUAUUCAAGUUCGUUAUCUGCCACCGAACACAACCCCUUUGCUGCAGCCCAUGGAUCAACAGGUCAUUUCAAACUUCAAGAAAUUGUACACGAAAGCCUUAUUCAGAAAGUGCUUCGAUAUAACGAACGAUACCAACUUAACUCUGAAGGAAUUUUGGAAGAAUCAUUUCAACAUUUUGAAUUGUGUUCAUCUUAUUGAUAAUGCAUGGAACCAAGUGACCUACCGUAAUAUGAAUGCAGGAUGGAGGAAACUCUGGCCAGACUGUGUUCCAGAGCGAGAUUUUGAAGGAUUCGAACCAGAAAUUGUUGAUGAAAUUGUUUCCCUGAGCCAAAGUAUGGGGUUGGAGGUGGAUAAUAACGAUGUUGAAGAACUUGUGGAGGAGCACAGUAAUGAACUCACUACUGAAGAGUUGCAGCACCUUCAGGCUGAGCAAGAAAAGAAUUUGGCUGAGGAUAUGUCUUCGGAGGGGGAAGAGGAAGGGAAGGAGGAAGUCCCAAGUUCAGUGAUUAAAGAAAUGUGUGCUAAGUGGGGGGAAUUGCAAUUGUUUGUAGAAAAAUCUUUCCCAAACAGUGCGACAUCAGGAUACAACAAAGGGUAG